GUCAGGGAGUGGGCGGGGCCUGUGCUGAAGGAGAACUGGAAUUCGGCCGGACUAGUCCUCGUGCUCCGCGCGCGCAGAUUUCUGAUUGCCAUGGCUGCAGUUGACAGUUUCUACCUCUUGUACAGGGAGAUUGGUCGUUCCUGCAGUUGUUAUAUGGAGGCAUUGGCUUUAGUUGGAGCCUGGUAUAUGGCCAGAAAAUGCCUCACUCUUGUGUGUGAUUCUUACAGCUUGAUCAGGUUGCAUUUCAUCCCCAGGCUGGUGAGCAGGGCUGAUUUUGUCAAGCAGUAUGGAAGAUGGGCUGUAGUCACUGGUAGCACAGCUGGCAUUGGAAAAGCCUAUGCAGAAGAACUGGCAAGCUGUGGCAUCAACAUUAUCUUAAUCAGCCGGAGCAAAGAGAAGCUGGAGGCCGUAGCUAAAGACAUAGCCAAAACCUAUAAAGUUGAAACUGCUGUUAUAGUAGCAGAUUUCAGCAAAGGUCGUGAGAUUUACUCUUCCAUUAAGGAAGCCCUCAGAGACAAAGACAUUGGGAUUUUGGUGAAUAAUGUAGGAGUGUUUUAUACCUGCCCGGAAUAUUUUACCAGGUUGUCUGAAGAUAAACUGUGGGAAAUUGUCAAUGUAAAUAUUGCUGCUGCUAACAUGAUGGUGCAUAUAGUGCUGCCAGGGAUGGUACAGAGGAAAAGAGGGGCGAUUGUGAAUGUUUCUUCUGGAUCCUGCUGCAAACCCACGCCACAGAUGGCAGUGUAUUCAGCCUCCAAGGCCUACUUGGACCACUUCAGCAGAGCACUACAUUACGAAUAUGCUUCAAAAGGAAUCUUUAUUCAGAGUUUAAUCCCAUUCUUCAUCUCCACAAACAUGAAACAAUUUGGUGAUCGCAUUCUGUCAAACAAGUUUUUUUUUAUGCCUUCAGCUAAAGUAUAUGCACAUCAUGCUGUUUCCACCCUUGGGAUAUCCAGAAGGACUACAGGAUACUGGAUCCAUUCUAUUCAGUUUCUGCUUGUACAGUACAUUCCAGAAUGGUUCUGGGUUUGGGGAAUGCAGAUUCUCAACAGUGCUCUACGUCGGGAAGCCAUAUCCUGCGGAAUAUAUUAGGAAUAUCAUCUAGGAAAUAGCCAGUGUGCUAAACUACUGCAGUAGCCUAAUUUGAGCAUUGCAAGAACUUUUAAAAAAAACAAACAGUUUGCUAAUAUGUCUUCACCACAAACAAUAUAUGUUUCAUAGUUACCAGAGAAGCCUGAAUCCUGCCCCUCUCUUGUACUACUGGGCCCAGAGCAAAAGCUGAGCAGGACAUAACUGAUUUUUGUCAAGUUUAGUUCAGAUAGUUAAACCUCUGAGUUUCUCAUGUAAUUGAAUGAGAAUGGGCAGUGUGCUGAUCCUGCAUGGAGUUGACUGGUUAUGGAAAUCCUAAUAAUAUGAAUGGGAAUUUAGAUAGCCCGGUGUUUUGCAGGAUUGGGCACUGGAAGAGUUGAAGGGGAUCGCAAAUCAUGUGUUAUAAAGACAAUCUCCAAUUUUAAAUGAACUAAAUCUCUUUACCGGGGACUAUCUUGUGUUGGUUUUCCAGUCUUGUCAUUGCAGGUGUUAUGUUGAAAAAUGUAUAAGGUUACUUUUCAAAACUGGGAAAAAGGUAGAAUGCAUUUAAGCCUUUUUAGUUAUUAACUCUUUUGUUUGUGUGUGUUCUGUAUUGCUAUGAUAGAGCAGCAGUAAAGUUCAAAUAAAAAUGUUUGCUUGCUUUCCUAUACCAAGUUUGAAAGAUUUUGAUCCAAUUUUCAAGUGGAUACGCCAUUAAUAAUCUGUGAUGUCUGAAGAAUUUAAUCAGAUACUUAAAAAACUAUUUUAAAAAGUCCAUGAUUUAAGGUGGAGUCUUUUGAGCUUAAAAUAUAUUUAGGUCGUCUUUCUUCUCUAAGUGAAAACCCUAUUAAUAUUGUAACAUUUGCUUUUAUGUUGCUAGUACUGUAGCAUUUUUUACUACUUUCUGUCCACCUUGUACCAUAUACUAUGAUGUUAAUACUCACCACAAAAUCUAAAUUUUCUGAGAGUCAAAUGUGCUAUUUUUUGUUGUCUACAUAUAAAUCCCACGUUAAACCAGAAUCUGAAUUAUGCAUAGUAGAUUUAUCACUGUUUUCUAUGUAAUAUCAUUAGGAUUCUGUAUUACCACCACCUGAACUGUUAUAGUGAGACCAUUAAAAAUAUAGAAAAAUGAU